AUGAUCAGCAAAUGCAUCGAAUUCCGUGGCGAAGCCCGACUCGCAGCUUUCAAGACGCAGUGGAUUUCACGAGGCGGCUGGGAAUCGCCGAUCAAGUUCGGCGGACGGUCAUUCCAGCUGUAUGCCCAGCCGGUGCUGGCCACCUUCCACAGCUGGCUCCUCCCACAACUCCCUGCGCUGGCGCCCGCCUUUUCCCGUGCGUGGUGCUAUCAGGAGCGCCUCGUCUCCCCGCGCGUUGUGUACUUCUCCCGCGAAGAGGUUCUGUGGGAGUGCUUCACAGACACGGCAUGCGAAUGCUCGGGCGUCGCGCCCGGCAUCGACGUCGAUAACCCUAAACUGAACCACAGAGUCGACUUCCUCGAAGAGGAGAGGAGCACGAUCAGUUCAGGUCCGAUGUUAUGGCGCGGCGCCAGUAUCGAGUCAAGCAGUGGCACAGAAUCGUGGAGCAGUAUUCCGAGCUCGAAGCUCGAAAUUACCAAUGUUGGGGAUCGGCUGCCGGCUCUAGGCGCCGUUGGCCGAGAAUUUCCAACAAGUCCGGAAGGGGAAGAGACGCAGGCUCGACAGAUGGGUGGCGCCGAGCUGGUCGUGGGCAUCCGUCCGGGGCGAUAUCCAGUAUCACCCGAGUUUGUCGGUCUGCCUGGCAAGAAUCGUCGCGGCCGAGUGCCAGUAUGA